GCCCAGCGCAAAUUCGAUGCUGGACGGAUUCACCGUUCUGCCAACUUCCUUUCAAGAACCUUCUUGCUGCAGAGUUCAUGUCCGCCUUUGCUGCUCAGCUUCCUCGCCGCACCGCUGUGCUAGGGAUCGUCCAUACAGCUUGCUGAGUCCUUGGAACUUGGAAAGUGUGUGGGGCGUGCAUCCUCGCCAAGCAGUUUUUGGCUUCUCUCCUGGCACUGGUCUGUUGGAUAGAAAGGGUGCUGUUGCUUGGAACCUGGCAUGUUUCAGGAAGAGAAGGGGAGGCUGAGGUUUGGCAAGAGAAUCUUAAGAAUAGAAAGGCAGAAAGCUCGAUCCAAGCACAAACACGAGCAAGAAUUUCUCAGCAGGGGUUGUGCCCCCCUAUGUUUAGGAAGCGGAGGACAAGGUGUAGCGCCAGUCCAUGUCGGUAAUAUCUAAGGGGGGGAGCCUCCUUAAUGGAGGCACCUUGCGUAUACGAGAGGUGUGGGCAGACAAUCUGGAAGAGGAGUUUGAGCUUAUAAGGGAUAUCGUAGAUGAUUAUCCAUACCUUGCCAUGGAUACGGAGUUUCCAGGCAUCGUGGUCAGGCCUGUGGGGACAUUUAAGAGUGCGGCGGAGUAUCACUAUCAGACUCUGCGCUGCAACGUUGACAUGUUGAAACUCAUCCAGCUUGGGCUCACUUUCUCAGAUGAGAACGGGAAUCUGCCCCAGUGUGGGCCAAAUGAAUACUGCGUGUGGCAGUUCAACUUCCGGGAAUUUAACAUCAGGGAAGAUAUGUAUGCACAGGAUUCGAUCGACUUGUUGAGGACGAGCGGGAUUGAUUUCCAAAGGAAUGAGAAGAAUGGGAUUGACAUUCAAAGGUUUGGAGAGCUACUGAUGUCGUCCGGGGUGGUGCUGAACGAGAACGUGCACUGGAUCACGUUCCACAGCGGGUACGACUUUGGGUACCUCCUGAAGCUCCUCACUUGUCAGAACCUGCCCUCAGGAGAGUCCGACUUCUUCCAGCUGAUGCGGACGUACUUCCCCAAGGUGUAUGAUAUCAAGUACCUCAUGAAGUUCUGCGACAACCUGCAUGGGGGCCUCAACCGGCUGGCAGAGAUCUUGGAGGUUGAGAGGAUAGGCCCCUGCCAUCAGGCUGGCUCGGACAGCUUGUUGACGUGCGCCACGUUUCGAAAGCUCAAGGAGGGCUUCUUUAAUGGUUCUACGGACAAGUAUGCAGGAGUGCUGUAUGGCUUAGGCCAGGAUACCGAGACGGUUUCAUGACCCCUGGAGCUACAAAGCUCUUGGGCUAUUUGACGGCCUUUGCUUUUGCGAAGCAAGGUCGUUGAAGUACCUUCCCGUUGUCCUAUACCUAGUUGCUGCGGCUCUCCUAGCUGUCAAAGUCUGCUAGGUGUGCACUGUAUCAUGUAGGACGUAGGUGAUCCUGUAGCAUAGCCUAGAUGAACACAUGCUGCUGACAGGUGCACACGCCUUGUAUAUGACGCUCAAUUCCGGCAUUCGGUGCAGCUCCGGGCAGUCUUCUAUCCAAUCCGACCUUGGUGUUGAUCAUAGGGUGACUGCAUCCGACGCACUAUUGCCCUCUGACUUGAGCGGUCAAUGUUGCAUGGGAGUAUUGUUGCCAACAAUCUGACGUCGUAGUACGGCA